CUUGAACUGUAACACAAUACAGAGAGUGAGAGAGACAUAUAGCAAACCAAAGUUUCAAACCCAUUUCUGAAAUCGCAGUUCUAGUAAUAAUUUCUCCAAAAGGUUUCAUUUUUGUUUUUUGGGUCUCAGUUUUCUCAACCAUGAAGAGGCUCCAAGGUUUCAAGAUCUUUAAAUGGAUAAUCCGAAGUAGAAGAAUCCAAACCGGGAAACGCCAAUGCCUAACCGGAAUUCUCAACCCGGUUUCAAGAAUCUGCUCUUUAGCACGGUGUCUACGUCGUGGAGCCAGUAGACUAUGCGGAGGAAAGAAAACGGUUCAGACCCGGUUGGGUAACGACCCGAAGUCGCUGGGUAUUCCCAAAGGUCAUUUAGUGGUUCACGUAGGAGAGUCAGGUGAUGAUACACGGCGCGUGGUGGUUCCGGUGUUUUACUUUAACCAUCCUCUAUUCGGAGAGUUGCUGGAACAGGCGGAGCGGGUUUACGGGUUUGACCAACCGGGUCGGAUUACGAUACCUUGUAGGGUAUCGGAUUUUGAGCAGGUUCAGAUGAAGAUCGCUGCAUGGGAUCAUUGCCGACGUAAGUGGAGUUUCAAGAUUCUAUAG